ACUCCGCUCCGCACUGACAUGACACACACAAAUAAUUGUUAUUAUUGACAGACCUAUAAUAUGUGAACUGAAAUUUUUUGCGGCGCGUUUUUGUGCGUAUUUUCGAGAGCGCGCUUAACGUAUGUAAGUACUUUACGGGCGAUCUAAGCCGAUCAAGAAAUCGCGGAAUUUCGCGCGAGCUUCAUUCAGCAAAGGCGAGAUUUUUUCUGUCAAACUUGCCGUCACACGCGAGAAUAUAGGUUAUGUGAGCUCGCGCGAGUUGAGUGAGUGAGCGAGCAAGCUCGUCGCACACCCUUGCCCGUUUGUAGAGACUUUCCCCGCGCGCGAUGGGCCAGGGUACGGAAACGUGCGCCGACCGACCCACGGAGGUUAGCGUCAUCAGAUUCGUCUCACGGAAUCGUACCAUUGAAGAGAUCGCGCCGAAAAAGGAAGUAUAUACUUGCAAACAACAAGGUUGCGGUAAAAUAUUUACCAAUCAAGAUGAAUAUAAGACACAUGAAGUGCUGGAGGCUUUAAAGAUUCGAUUUAUUUGUCGCGAGCCAGGUUGCGGAGAAGAAUUAUCAGAUCCAGGUAGUAUGUGGCGACAUUAUCAAGAAUGGCACAACAAUGAAACAAAUGUUUUUGCAUGUCCAUACACCAAUUGUGGAUCUUUGCACACUACUAGUAGUAAUCUCGAAGAACAUAUUGAGAGUUGUCAUAGACAGCCACCUACACUGCCAAUGGAGCCUGAAAUAAUUUGUUUUGAAGGUCCCGAAAAUGUGAUAGACGAAGAAGGCAUGCAAAAGACUGAUGAAGGAUGUUAUGAAAAACUGCCAAGCGAAAACUUUACUUUAAAGGAAGAAUAUGUAAGUAACGAUGAAAGCUCUCAUGUUAGAGAUGAAACUAAACUUCAGACAAAGAACGACUUUUGUCACGAGCAGAUUAAAAUCGCAGCUCUUACAAAUAACGAAGAUUAUUCGAAUAAUGAGCCUUUGAAUAGUAUUAAUAAGUUCCCUAAAGGUGAGGACCUACUUAUAAUUAAGGAUAAUUUCUUACGAAAAUAUGAUAACGUUGCACCAAAAUGCGAGGAAAUUCUCCAAGUGGAAUGCACACAAGACAAGAAUAACGUUGUUUAUAUAAAUGGUGAUAUAACUAUUACAAAAAAUAUGAAAACGGAAGUAUGCAAUUUAAAUUUACGAAAUCAAGAGCAUAGAAUAGAUUUGGGAAACUUGGAGCGAGUUUUUCGGAAUGGUCUCGAGAACUCGAAGAUUGAGGACAGCUCAGUAGAAACAAACAGCAAUUGUUCGGAUGAUGAGGAAUACACUCCAAAGAAACAACGCAUGUCUAGGUACAAACAGGAAACAUAUAAAUGCGACGUCAAUGGUUGCGGGAAGAAGUACAAAUACAUAUCGCACUAUCGUCAUCAUCAAGACAGUCAUAAAUUAGUUACGAAUACAAUUAGUUCUAAUACUGGUAAGCAAGUGUCGAAGGUAAAACAAGGAAAGGCAUCUACUGUCAGUUUCUUCAUAUGCAAAAUGCCUGGAUGUGGUGCGCAAGUAAAUAAUGUAACUGGCUUAUGGAAGCAUUAUCAAGAUAAUCAUGCCAAUUCCAAGCCACCAGUCGUACAAACUGCCAAGAAUAAUGAAGUGUUCCGAUGCAAGGUACCAGGAUGCGAACUAGAAUUUAAUACAACAUUAAUGUUGUACAAGCAUUUCAAUGAAAUUCACUCCAAUAAUUCCAUUAGCAACACGAACGGAAAGACUGGCAACGGAAGUAGUUUUCAUUUCACUGAGAUAUUCCAGGAGGAUGCUACUGCCCAACAAGUAAAUUUUAAGACUGAUUUUAAAGCCAAGCAUAAUAUUAACUUGAAUGAUUAUACCGAAAGUGGCGACGAACAUACCACUCAUAUUGCUAAUAGUUAAAGAGGAAUUUUCUGCGAAUUGACAUAAAUAUCUCAUGAGGAGCACCUUUUAAUUUCCUCGGGAUACGAUAUUGAAUAGUUAAAAGGCACAAUAAUUCAGAGUAUUUUACAGAGAUCAUUAUUUAGUCAGGAUCUUAAUCUAAGUCGCUUUAAGCUUAUGUGUUUGGUCUGUAAUUGAUAACUGCUGUUAAUUAUGAUUGAUAGACUCUCUGUAGCUGUAAGUGUGUGACAUGGACUUUGUAGAAUACUCUGAUAUUGAUCAAUAAACAUUAUCGGUAUGUAAGAAAAUUUACUGAGCUGCCUGGUGUAUGCUGCAGCAGGACAACAGUUUGGAGUUAAAUCUAAUAGCAUAAACACUACAUAUAUAUAUAUCAUUCUACACUAAGAAUUUCUCGUUGCUAUAAAUAAGAGGCUAAAACCGCUGCAGCAAUAUGCACCUGUAAUGAGACUUCUGACUCUCUUUCUGUACUGAUUUUUACUAUUUUAUAUUAUGUCAUUUUUAUGUAACUUAUAUUCCCUUUAUAUAAAAUUAUAUGUAUAUAAUUAUAUAUAUAUAAAAUUAUAUAUAUAUGUAGUUAUAUAUAUUAUCAUAUUACCAUAGAUAUUUCCUAAUAACAUAAGUAUAUUGUAUAGCAUUUUUAUUUGUAUGUCUGUACGUUUAAAAAUAAAGUG